UGUCCACGGAAAAUGGGUCAACUUCCCGGUAAAUCAUCGCACAAGAGAAUAUAUUUAGCCAGACAUAAUUUGGGGAGGGUAAUUCGAGGUUUUCGAUUCCGGAGAGGGUAGAAGACCCGCUAUACGGUGUUAAUGCUUGCUAGGAGCGAGCUAAUGGAUAGCAGGGGGGGUCGCGGCACAGCCUUUUGUUGUGGGCUGCCGCAUACAACGUGGGCAGGCGGCCGCAGUAGUGGAGCAGCAGCAGCGGUUAAAGACACGGGACAACAUGCACGCCGCCAACUUAAAGCCAUGUCAGUGCUUACCAUGAUGUUUGCAGGGGUAGCUUUACUACUGCUAUCCCUGUCUAUUGUCUCAGCUAGGGCGCCACAGUGUUGCUCGGAUUUGACACGACACAGCCCUUGUCGAUAUGCCUGCGAACAGUUAUCGGUGACUGGAAGUCAAAAUGGACAAUUACAACAGUUGGUGAAUGCUGGAGAGCACUGUACACAAGAAGUAGAUCUUCAGGCAUUCUGGGAUUGUGUCAAUACUUCAUUGUCAGUGUUGUCUGAUCUGGAGGCGUGGCCUGGACGAUUAUGCUGUGACCGGGUCGUGUCGACCUACUGUAAGGAUGCCUGCCAACAGGCCACAUCCCUGGAGCAGUUGGAUAACAAGUGUCGCCGUAGCGAUGAACUUGGUUUCUAUAGUUGUUACAAGAGACAAAAAGCUGCGGAGCAGUGCUGUAGUCAGGCAAACACACUAAACUGUAAAACAGCGUGUCAUAAUGUGUACCUUAAUGACCGCAUGUCGAGUCGCGACCAACAGGAAGUGGUCAGGAAUCGCUGUGGCGAAGCGAGCCCCCUAGUGGUCAGAUGUGUACAGAACCAAACCAGAUCAAGCCCUGCCACAGACCCACAGAAAAGUCUACCAUGCUGUGAUAGGGCAGAGUCUAAGAAGUGUCAAUCAAAGUGUCGUUCCAUCCUGGUUACCUUGGCGACAGAGCAGGAGAUCAUGGAUGAGUUAAUCCAAAGCUGUGGAUCCCCAUCUCCGAUAGAUCCCAUGUGGCAGUGUUUCUUGUCUCGGUCAGAAAGAGGUGGACCACCUGUAAAUACAACAAAGAUUGUCAUAGAUGGGGUCAAACUUCAGUGUUGUUCUAAAGCCUCGGACAGCAAGUGUCGCAAUUUGUGUGUGCAGACAUACAGUCGUGGCUGGGCAGUCACUUGGAAUGAUUUCAACCACCUAUGUCUGGAUCACAAGCCUACAUCACCUCUCAAAAUCUGCCUGGAUGAAGUUGAGGAGCCAUGUCAGUUUGGAUGUAGUGGCCUGGAUUUUUGUUCAAACUUCAACAACCGUCCGUCGGAGUUGUUCCGCAGUUGUAAUGCUCAAGCCGAUCAAGCAGCCGAGGCAUACGUGAAGGCGUGGCAGAGCAAACGCAUCAUUCUACCUCAGAUGAUCAUACCUGUCAAAGACAUUCGUUAUUGUGAACCAGAGAAGUGGAAGGCCAUUGCGUGUUCCCUGCAGCUCAAACCGUGUAGAGGCCGUCCAGGACGUAUAGCAUUCUGCUGGGAUGACUGUAUGGAGAUCCUAACACAGUGUAUAGAUCCGAAGCGGCUCCACUCCCAGCAGACCGUAAAGACGCUGUGUAUGAACCUGGCCCCACGUAAUCUGCACGAUGAGUGUGUCUCCAUCAAGCAGUACCUGGCCCCCAGUCCAGUUGACAGUCGUGAGUCAGAGGUGACCAAUCCGUGUCGAUCCAACCCCUGUCUCGAAGGUCAAGUGUGUCAGAUUAAUCGGCGCAAGUGUCGCCAUGCCGAUAGGUGCCCCUCCUACGUCUGCAAACCAGGUUGUAACAUGGGGGAAGUGUCUAAUUUCCGGGUACCCCAGAAUUCCUAUGUGCGCAUUCCCAGGGCAAAUGGGAAACUGAACUGUCACGAGGUGUAUUACUGUACACAUCGCGGAGAGCUGGAGUUCAAGACAAAGAUGACGUGCGAUGUCGUCAAAAACUGUGGCAUAUCUGACAGUUCAAUUGCAGCCCACAGCUCUCACAUGACGAUUGACUGUAAUGAGUGUGUGUGUCAGGGUGGGGAGGUUUUCUGUACAAAGCGUCACUGUCCUGCCAAGCAGGUGGAAAGCACGGCUUACACAGGUUUGCCAUGCAACUGUAACCCGGCACAGUAUCAGCCAGUUUGCUCUGUCAGUGGGAAGACUUACCCUAGUGCCUGUUUGGCUAAGUGCGCAGGUAUUGGAGAGAACAGAUUCCAUCCUGGGUCGUGCGCAGAGUCAGAUCCCUGUGCUGUUAACCCUUGCAGUGCAGGAUUCAGUUGUGUCAGAAGACCUCAGGUGUGUCUCAGUCUUAGGACAGUGCCCUGUAAGCAGUACCAAUGUGUUGCGGAGACUUUGAUGUGCAACCACCAUCACCAUGACGAAGUGUGUGACAAUGACGGAGUGGAGUACACUAACAUGUGCCUGUUGCGUCUACACCAGAGGAAGUUGCAUCACUGGGGGCACUGCCUGCAAAACUGUGAUAUGACAGUCAAGGUGUGUGGCCAUGAUGGGGAGACCUACUCCAGCGAGUGCACGGCCAUGGCCUCCUGGACAACAGUCGACUAUUACGGUCCCUGCCAGGCAGUGGGCAAAGUGUCUGCUGACAAUUCUGACAGUUAUCGGUGUGAUAAGGUACAGUGUCGCCCCCUGAAGCCGGCCUCGUGUAAUGGAAUUAUCCCCCCUGGUGGCUGCUGUCCUGUUUGUGCUACGGAACUCCAGCUGCUGUUCAGUGAGGAGAUGGUGGAAAAGGUGUCCCGUACCAUCCACAGACCUCUGACCAUACAGAACAUCACCAGUAAGCUGUCUGAGUUCCUCACCAUCUCCGAGUGUGGCGUCUUCGGAUACAUCAGCAUCGAGGGCACCAUUAUUACAUUAUUUAUGCCUGUGACAGCAGAGCCGACAGCACUUCAGCUGGAAGCUUGCAAUCAUGAGGCUCAACGAAUUCAACGUUUCCUUCAAAUGUCAAGCCCCAAUGUAAUGACACAUUUGGCUUUGACGCCUAUACUGAUGCCUAAGAACACAUUGAGGACUUCUAACAUUACCUUGGUCACAGAGUCCAAUAGCGGACAGACUACAUUAUCAUGGACACUCACACUGAUGAGCAGUGUAUUGUUGUCGUUGAUGUUGUUUUACCUUCAGUGUGAUGGGGUCAGUGUGCGGUGACGAAGGUGUGGACUUUGCCCUGUAAGUGUUGGCACAAUCUCUGUGAAAGAGCUUGAAAUUGUGUGAGGUGUGUGAAAUGAAACACUGCAAAGACUAAUUCUCCAGUCACAAAGUGAAGGAAAAAAACGAGUGUUCAAGGAACGUCAAUGAAGAGUGAUUAUUUUGUAUUGCCUGUUGCACACGCGUUUUACAAACAGUAUUGGAUGCGAUAUGAUCGUGUAUAAAGCUAAUGCCAGUACAAAAUGCAAGAGCUUGUUUGCUCAGAUUCUGUACUGUGUAAUUCUAGGCAAGUUCACAUGCUAUGCUGUACACCACCAUCAUUCUGAGGUCAUAGAGGUCAUGCAGAAUAGACCGAUCAUGAUGUCUGCUGUCAUCGUGCUGAGCCUGUUGCCAUUUUGCGGAGUCGCCUGCCAUCGUGCUGAGUCGCCUGCCAUCUUGCGAAGU